CGAACUUGCACCAUGAACUGCAGCGCACCGCUGCCGGGAUCUCCGACUCUCUGCCUGCAGCCACUCUGGGACCGUCUGCUGGGCUUGGAAGGUUGGAUCAGGUCCCCCUUCUUCCCCGUGAGCUUCUCGCUGGGGGUCUACCUGUCCUUCUGCCUCCCGUACGUGGUCAUGGACCUGCUGGCCCCACGGGUGGUCGCCCUGCAAAGGUACAAGAUCCAGGCUCAGAACCACCCCAGCGUCAAGAUGAUGGCCAAUUGCCUGUUCCAGACCUUGUACAAUCACCUCAUCUUCAUCUUCCCCUUGUCCGUGGGACACUGGUACUGGAGCCCGAUGGACCUCCCGCUCGCCGCGCCCGAGUUGCCCAGGACGGUGUUGGACAUCUUGGCUUGCCUGCUGCUCUUCGACUUCCAGUACUUCGUGUGGCACCUCCUCCACCACAAGGUGCCCUGGCUCUACCGCACCUUCCACAAGGCCCACCACAAGUACACGGCCACCUUCGCCCUCACCACCGAGCACUCCGGCGCCUGGGAGACCUUGUCCCUGGGAUUCUUCGCCGCCGUCAACCCGGUCAUCCUCGGGUGCCACCCGCUCUGCAGCUUCCUCUUCUUCACCGUCAACAUCUGGCUGUCGGUGGAGGACCACUCGGGCUACGACCUCCCCUGGGCCACCCACCGCCUGGUGCCAUUCGGCCUGUUCGGGGGUGCACCCCACCACGACCUGCACCACAUGAAGUUCAAGGCCAACUAUGCACCAUACUUCACGCACUGGGACCGGCUUCUGGGCACCCUCGCCACGCUCCACGCCAAAUCCACGUGAGACCGUGGAUCCCAAAAACGCUUGGCCGGGAACAGAUAUUGAUGGAGAGACAAUAGCCAAUAGGCAAUGGACAAUAAACAAUAGACAAUAGGUGCAGGAGUAGGCUAUUCGGCCCUUCG